UUCUUCUUCACCACAUACGUCCGAAAGCUGACGAAGAGGGUCUUGGAACGUCUCGGCCUUGCUGGGGUGGAUGGAGUUUCCUGUAUCGUGUCUCGGUGUGAGAGAGCACUCCAAGAAUCAGGCGCUCCGGGCGAUGCGGUAGUUCCUGUGCGAUUUUUCCAGCCUGAGAGGCAUAGCUGUGAAGCUUCCUGGUUGGAGAUUCAUGCCAUCAUUUACCCAACUGAGUAUUUCGGUGCAGCUUUUACAAACUGGGUUAACAUUGGAGAUGGAAUGUCCUCUCGCCACGCCGAAUCUUGCCUCACUGGGUUCGAUUACCUGCAGUCCGAUUCAUCUAAGCCUGAGUUCUGUACUGCACCCCCCAAAACACUAACCGCUAAGGGGGAGCCGAUCCCGUUGUUGUUUACGUCUGGAACGUUCGAGCUGGAAUGUAUCAAACACGAUAUCGCGACCCUUCUUCAACCAGAUGACCAGGACCAAGCACUCCCAUCACCCAACGAUGUCUUUUUAUAUCCUGGCGGAAUGUCCGCCAUAAAUGCGGUUGCUCGGGCUUUGAGUGAUCUGGGUAUCAGCUCAGGUGUCUUCGGUUUUGGUUGGCUGUACACGGAAACGGUCAAGAUCCUCGAGAAUCGCUGGCCAGCUAUUGAAAUUUACAAAAAGUCUGGGGAUGAAGAGCUCGAUCGUCUCGAAGGAUGCCUAAAAUCUGGGCGGCAAAUCACCGCCCUAUGGGUCGAUGUACCUUCCAACCCAAUGCUUAUCACACCUGAUAUGCCCCGACUUCGCCUAGCAAAUGAAUACCACUACUUGAUUCUGAUCGACGGCACUGUGGGCACAUUUGGAAAUGUUGACCUCUUGCCCUAUGCGGAUGUGCUUAUGUCUAGUCUGACGAAGAUGUACAGUGGAUACGCCAAUGUACUGGUGGGCAGUGCGGUCGUAAACCCCCGGUCAUCUUAUUACGAGAAAUUGCACCGGCAAUUGACUGUCUCCUACGAGAAGCCAUUGUUUCCCGGAGAUAUUGCUGUCCUUCACGACAACUCUAGGGAUUUUGUCCACCGUGUUCAAGUUAUCAACAGAAAUGCCGAAAUCGUCGCCGCCAAGUUGGCUGCUCAUCCUGCUGUUGAGCGAGUCAACUAUCCAACCGUGACGACACGGCCACAGUACGAGCGCAUCCGCCGCCGCGAUGGAAGGUACGGUCAUUUGCUGAGUAUCAUCUUCCGAGACAACGAAACCGAUCUCCGGUUCUAUGAUGCAGUGAAUAUCUUCAAGGGUGGCAGCUUUGGAACCGUCUUUACACUUUCAACUCCAUUCGCCCAGUUGGCAACGGAUGCAGAUCGGCGUCGUUUUGAAGAGGCUGGUAUUCCAAGCCAUAUUGAGUGGAGGAUGUAG